AGCAAAACCUGAUGAGGAGAGGAUGGAUUAUCUGACAGAGAGGACCAGGGGUGCAACCCACAGCAGUGCAACAUGGAAGCCUGCUGCCUCUUGCCGCACUUCCUCAUCCCGAGGCUGCAUUUCACUGAUGUGAGGGAGGCCACUUCCUGUCAGGUUUGCGACACAGGCGGUGGGGAAGGCAGAAAUAGAGGCAGAAGGGAGCGAGAGAGAGGCCGAGCAUCACCACACAGAAGGACAAGGCGAGGGGCGGGAUCCACAACGCACCCGAGGGCGCCGCGUCCUGCGCUACCGCGCCAUGUCCUUGGUGGAGACAAUCCGGCUGUGGCAAGAAGGAGUGUGUGCAGCGGAUAGGAAGGAGUGGAGGGCAGCCCUGGAUGCCUUCACAGCCGUACAGAACCCCCCUGCCAAAAUCUGCUUUAACAUUGGCUGCAUCCGUCUGGUUCUGGGAGAGCUGGCUGAGGCAGAGGAGGCAUUCACCCGGAGCAUCGGCUGCGACAAACACCUGGCAGUGGCUUAUUUCCAGCGGGGGACAGUGUUUUACCAGAAGCAAAAUCAUGAAAAGGCCAUUGAGGAUUUCAAAGAGGCACUGGCCCAGCUGCGAGGCAACCAGCUCAUUGACUACAAGAUCCUGGGGCUGCGGUACAGGCUCUUCGCUUGUGAGAUACUUUACAACAUUGCACUGGUGUAUGCCACGAUGGAGGACUGGAAGAAAGCUGAGGAGCACCUAACGCGGGCCAUGAGCAUGAAGAGUGAGCUCCAGCAUAACAAGAUCGACAGAGCAAUGGAAGCCAUCCUGAAGCAGAAGAUCUGUGAGAUGGUGGCCAUGCCUGCAGGGAAGCUGUUUAGACCAAAUGAAAAGCAAGUGGCCCAGCUGGAGAAGAAGGACUACCUGGGAAAGGCUAUGGUGGUGGCAUCUGUGGUGGACAAAGAUGAUUUUUCAGGAUUUGCUCCACUUCAACCACAGGCCUCUGGUCCUCCACCCAGGCCCAAGACUCCAGAAAUCCUCAGGGCCCUUGAAGGGCAGCCACACCGUGUUUUGUAUGAGUUCAUCCCUGAGACCACUGAGGAGCUGCAGGUCCUGCCAGGAAACAUCGUCUUUGUCCUGAAGAAAGAGAAGGACAACUGGGCAACAGUGAUGUUCAAUGGAAAGAAAGGGAUUGUUCCCUGCAACUACCUUGAGCCUGUGGAGCUCCAGAACAAGCUGCAUAUCCAGGAAGAAAUUCGUCUUGAGGCAGAGAUCCCGGAGUCACCCAGCUCUGCUGCUCCAGAGAAACCACGGCGGCCAGCACCAGAUAGCGCUCCUGUUACUGUGACACAGCCAAGAGCUGCAGCAAAGGAGAUGAAAUCGGCCAUCUCCAGCCCCUGUAUUCUCAAAGUGCAUUACAAAUACACAGUUGCCUUGCAAGUUGAGACAGGCCUCUCCUACAUGGAGCUACUGGAUCUGGUUUGCAAGAAACUGGAGCUCCAGCCUGAGCACACACAGCUGAGGUACAAGCCUGUGGAAAGCCAAGCGCUGGUGAAUCUGAGCACAGAGAACCUGGAGGCAGCUUGGAGACAGAGCAAGGACAACUGUGUGACUGUCUGGUGCGACAUCACGGAGGGAGAGGGGGUUUUACCAGACAGCAAACCAGAGGAGCUGCCACAGGAGGCAACACUGGAGGAGACAGGACCAACCCAAGUUGUAGCACAGUACAAUUAUGAAGCCACCCAACCUGAAGACCUGGAGUUUCAGGCAGGAGAUGUGAUACUUGUUCUAUCCAAAGGUAAUUAUGCUCCUUCUGCAACAGGCGAGGGAGCUUCCAGCUCUGGUAAGAGCAUGGGUCUGAGCCUGAGACACCAAGCGCCUGCAGCAGCUGCUGCUCAGUCCUGUGGAAGUCGUGAGUUUCCAACAUCUGCCAGUCAGGCCAAAAACUCUCAGGUAUUUGGUCAGCCAGCGGACGCACAUUCUUCAGUGGAGCUUAUGAGCUUCACUAGGGACUUUGAUCUCUUCCCCCAAAUCUCCCUGUCCUCUAACGCAACCUGUUUCAUGCUGGAAACCUGCAGAGCAGCAGCCUGUAGCUCAGGUAGCCUUCACCGAUAGCAAACUUCUGCAAGUUGCAGUUUACCAUGUUUAGAUGGAAAACAGGCUGCUCAGAUUUCUGCUGCAGGGCACUCUGAGAGAGCUUGUGUUGAACUCAAACACUUUACAAGACAUGAGAAAAGAGACUAGCAGAGAUCACAUGAGGUGGCAGGCGGAAGCCAGGGGUAAGGACAGCCUAAGGAUACAUACCAAGAGUUACCUUC